CUGCUGUUGAACUACGUUACCCAUCAAGCAUUUAACGCGGACCUUCAGCGCGCGGCAAAUUUCAACCAUCGUUGGAGUUUGCGGUACAGCCGCUACUGUGUGAUUUAUCAGUCUGAAAAAGAAAUGUCGGUAAUCUCUCUUAUGCAGUUUUGGUCACGGAAUUUCACUUUUAGCAAUACGUCAGUUCGUGACGUGGUGGUAAUGAGAGUUUACUGAAGAGGAAUUACUGCCGCUAGGUACUGAAAUUUAUACCGAUUCUGCAACGAUGACAACCCAGAGGGAAGAGAAAGUCAAACGGGUGGAGGAGCUGGUGAGAUCUUUCCAGCAGCACCCCCUAGCUGCCCUCUACAGGCCACGGCUGUGCCGACCCUGGGAGCCGUCAUCUGUCUGGAGGCUGUUUCCACGGCAAAGUGCAGCGCUAGCCUUCGCCAAGGGCUGCAAGGAGGAUGUGCACGUGUUUGCCCUGGAGAGGGAGCUGACGGAGGCGGGACAGAGGAUCUACCUAGUGACCAGUUACUCUGAGCUGUGGCAUUACUACAGGACGUUCAGGCACUCGCUGAUGCACUGCUAUGAGGUCAUCCCCGAAGGCGCCGUGUGCAAGGUCUACUUCGACCUGGAGUUCCACAAGCCCUCCAACGAGGGCUUAGACGGUCCACAGAUGGUUCAGCUGCUCAUUCAGUAUGUCUGCCGGAAGCUGGAUGAGUUCUAUGGGGUGAGCUGCUCCGCAGAGAACGUACUCAACUUGGACUCCAGCACCGAUGACAAGUUCAGCCGCCAUCUCGUGUUUGUGCUGCCAGAUGCGGCGUUCAAAGACAACGCACACGUCGGUCGAUUUGUCCACAAGAUUCUCCAGCCCGAGCCGGAAUCCCUCCAGGAAGGACAAGGCAUCACCGAAGAGGCAGCCGCUCCGGAGAUGGAUGUGGACUGGGAGUUCACUGGCUCAGAUGAGCUUGGGAGCCCUCAGCCAAAGAGACGGAAACCGGGAGGGGGAGGCCUCCACUUCCUGCGGGUGAAAGACAAAGAGGGACGAUGGGGGCUCCUUGUGGAUCUGGGUGUCUACACAAAGAACCGAAAUUUCCGCUUGUACAAGUCCUCCAAAGCUGGCAAGAACACCGCCUUCACCGUUGCCGCGGACAACUGCUUCGUCCCGCGGCCUGACAGGCAGCUCUCGGCGGAGGAAUGCCUGUUUCUGGCCUCCCUGGUGACCAACGUCAGUUUCACAGGUCAGAAGAUUCUGACGUCGGAGGUCUCUGACGUGAAGAACACGCAGGCCUCAUUCCGCCAGCCUGCCCUCCUUCAGCCGAGCAUCGCCGAGCCUUUAGGCGGAAGCCAGAGCUCUCCCUACAAAGAAGUGGAUGAAUUCAUCCUGUCCUUGGUCAGAAAGGAUGGUGUUCAGGGAGCCGUCCGGCGCUGCAGCUACUUUGAGGUGGAGCAGCUGCUCGUCUACGACAUUCUGAGGUAUCGCUGGUGUGGGAACGUGGGCCGGUUCCACAGGAGCAACAACAUCAUGAUCUUGGUGGACCUCAAGGAGGAAGUGUGGUACCAGAAGUGUCAUGACCCCGUGUGCAGGAGCCAGAAUUACAGGUCUUCGAGUUACCCCCUACCACAGGACAUCUGCUUCAGCUACCUGAUGAAAGAGGACGAUGAGGACCUGGAGUAUCUCAUGGACGACAUGGGUAAUAUCGAGUCAAGCCAAAGACAGGAAGGGAGCCAGGCCCCCAGUGCUGAGCAGCUCCCGGACUGGGAGCUCUGGCCAGAUAACGAGGCCCACCUGGAGGCCCUGGAGGAGAUGGAGAGGAUGUCCGCUGAGGAGGUGCCCGAUGAGCUCCUGCUCGAGUCCAUGGCUCAGUUCGAGUCCUCGGGGUGUGUUGGCUGACAGGGUGAGGGAUUUAAUGGAAGGUGUUCCUCAGAGAGCGAGAAAGCACUACAGAGACCUGCUGCGAUCAGUCAUCACACCAUGAUUAGCCAUCACGUCUCGAUCAGCCAGCACACCAUGAUCAGCCAGCAGGUCUCGAUCAGCCAGCACACCAUGAUCAGCCAUCAGGUCUCGAUCAGCCAGCAGGUCUAUCAGCCAGCAGGUCUCGAUCAGCCAGCACACCCGGUUGUGACUUAUCCAUGUUCGUGUCACCCAGUACCUUAGCAGUUUAUCCCAGUAGUGGGCCGGCAGACUGUUAAAUGGGCUGGUUAGUCCCUUGUGUUAUUUGUUCGUUGGCCUGCUCUCCUCCUGCCACUCUUCAGUGGCCCGGUGACCCUCUGUUGUGGUUGCUGUGGGGGCUCUUCCCAUGUCUGUGUACUUCACCACACUACCCAUGACAUGUACAUCAGUGACUGCUGUAAUAAAUGCCUUAAAACUUGA